AGUGUGAUAGAUCUGACUCUAAGCCUGAGUAAAAACAUUGAUGGAUACGACAAUGAUGAUUAUUCUACUUAUAUAAUAAUGGCGCCCUCCCAUGCCGUCCCAAAGUUCAUAUCACGCUCGCACUUCUUCACACCAACUCGAUUCUCCGCUCGCCGUUUUUUCACCUCUACUCCUCCGCCGCCCAGCGGAACUGGAGCUGAAGUCUCAACAAAUGCCCGCUCACGACUACAAAAGUUCAAUGACCGGCUGCCGGCAUUCCUUCGAGGCUACACUACCCCAUUAUUGGGCGCGCCUGCCACGCAUAUAACAUCCUUCCUGGUGUUUCACGAGCUCACCGCCGUGGCCCCCCUAUUCGGCCUCUUCGGUGCCUUUCACUACGCCGGGUGGAUGCCAACUCUUACAAUUGGCGAGGGCGGGCCGUUCAAUGAGGCUGUACAGCGGUUUGGCAAGUGGAUGACAAAAAAGGGGUGGGUUGAUACUGAGGACGUGGAGAUUGCGAAGACUGCUUCGUCGACAGGCGAUGAGAAAUCGCAGGUCGUGAGCGAGCAAAAGGGUGCCCAAUUGGUUCUUGAAUUUGCGGCCGCAUAUGCUGUUACCAAAGCUCUUUUGCCAGUGCGGAUUGCCGUAAGCGUUUGGGCUACGCCAUGGUUCGCCCGUGUCUUCAUCGGUCCUCUGGGAAGAGGCAUGAGGCGAAUAUUCCAGAAAAGGUCUGCCUAGAUAAUAUACUUGAUCCGUACAUACAAUUGAGAUACCCCCUUUGAUUCCUGUGUAACAGAUAAUUACAUUCUCCAUUCUGUCUUCAGCUUUUCCACAUAUUUACUACCGUCAUAGCGGCUUACGGUGCCUACUCGAUUAGAAUCGUUUUUUCUCUAAUUGCAUUGAGC